CAACAAAUUGUUCAUAUAUAAUAAUAAAAAAAGCAUGACAAUCUUUCUUACUCUUCCAGGUUGCAUGACUGUAAUAUCACAGAAAUAGGCUGUAUAAAGCUGUCUACACUUCUUUCAUCACAAUCCAAUGUGAGAGAGCUGGAUCUGAGCCACAACAACCUGCAGGAUUCAGGGGUAGAAAUACUCUGUGUCGGAGUAAAGAAAUCAUGCUAUGCCCCGUUGAUGAUUCAGGAAUGGUUCAACAGUAGGCCAAAUAAUCCAAACAAUCAAAUUCUUUAUGAUGCUUUUAUACGGCUCACUGCUGGACUACAGGACACAGAGUGCAGACUGGAAUCUUUGAAUCUGAAGAACUGUGGAGUAACAGAACCAGGCUGUGUUUUCCUGAGCUCAGCUUUAAGUUUAAAUCCUUCUCAUCUGAGAGUGCUGGACCUGAGCUGGAAUGACAUAGGAGAUUCAGGAGUGAAACAUCUCUGUGCUUCUCUGGAGAAAGUUCAGUGUGCACUGGAAAUACUGAAGUUAAAUAACUGUAAUAUAACACACAGAAGUUGUGCAGCAUUGGCUUCAGUACUACAAACAGAUUCAAACCUGAAAGAACUCUCUCUGAGCAAGAAUGAGCUCCAGGACUCUGGUGUGAUGUUGUUCUCUGUUGGACUGCAUCAUCCUCACUGUAAAUUGGAGAUCCUGAGGCAAGAUGGUUCUCAAUACUUGUAGAUUCACCAUUAAUGAAUAUUGCU